AUGCCAAGAGAAAUAAUCACUUUGCAAGUGGGUCAAUGUGGCAACCAAAUCGGUAUGGAAUUUUGGAAGCAGCUUUGUAUGGAGCACGGCAUUAAUAAUGAAGGAAUUCUUGAAGAAUAUGCCACUGCAGGAGAUGAUCGUAAAGAUGUUUUCUUUUACCAAGCUGAUGAUGAGCAUUAUAUUCCCCGCGCAUUGUUGAUUGAUUUAGAGCCAAGAGUAAUCCAUACUAUCCAAACUUCUAUGUAUUCAGCUUUGUAUAACCCUGAAAAUGUAUAUUCUAAUUUGAAUAGACUUUUUAUAAUUUUAAGGCAGAGAAUUAUAAUUUUUUUUGUAAAAAAUAAAAAAAUUGAUUUUUUUAGAAAUAUUUUGGUGGUAGUAUGAGAGGAGAUAUAUGAGCAAAGAAGGAGGAGGCGCAGGGAAUAACUGGGCAAGUGGAUUUUCACAAGCAGAAAGGGUUAAUGACGAGAUCAUGGAUAUGAUUGACAGAGAAGCGGAUGGCAGUGACUCUUUAGAAGGGUUUACACUGCUUCAUUCAAUUGCUGGAGGCACUGGAAGUGGUAUGGGAUCUUAUUUAUUAGAAAGGCUGAAUGACCGAUUUCCGAAAAAAUUGAUACAAACUUAUUCAGUUUUCCCAAAUCAGCUGAGGACUUCUGAUGUAGUAGUGCAGCCUUAUAACUCGUUAUUGACUUUAAAAAGACUGACUUUAAAUGCAGAUUGUGUCGUUGUGCUUGAUAAUGCAGCUUUAAAUCACAUCGCUGUCGACAGAUUAUCCUAUUUUAUGUAAAAAUAAGAAUGUUUUUUAUAUAUAUCUUUUUUAUUAUUUUUAAUUAAAAAAGAAUAAAAAUCCCUAACCCGACUUUUGCUCAAACAAAUGCAUUAGUUUCUACAGUUAUGGCUGCGUCUACAACAACUUUAAGAUACCCUGGGUAUAUGAAUAACGACUUAGUUGGCCUUGUGGCUUCUUUAAUUCCAACCCCUCGAUGCCACUUUUUAAUGACUGGCUACACCCCUUUGACUGUCGAUCGGCAAGUCAGCUCAGUCCGCAAAACAACGGUCUUAGACGUAAUGCGAAGACUCCUGCAAACCAAAAACAUCAUGGUCUCCACCAACACCAAAAAAGGCGUCUACAUGAGCAUCCUAAACAUCAUCCAAGGCGACGUCGAUCCUACCCAAGUCCACAAAUCCUUACAAAGAAUCCGAGAACGCAAACUUGCCAAUUUUAUCCCUUGGGGUCCUGCCUCAAUCCAAGUAGCCUUAUCCCGCAAAUCCCCAUAUGUGGAAACCUCCCACAAAGUUUCAGGUCUCAUGCUUGCGAACCACACAAGUAUAGCUGACCUUUUUGAUAGGAUUAUCAGCCAAUAUACCAAAUUACGGUCAAGAAAUGCCUUUUUGGAAAAUUAUAAAAAAGAAAGGAUGUUUUCAGAGAAUUUUGAAGAAUUUGACCGGUCAGAAGAGGUGGUCAAAGAAUUGGUAAGAGAGUAUAAGGCUGCAGAAAAAGAAGAUUAUAUUGAAUGGGGUAAUGAUUUAGACGCUGAUUCUGAUAUAAGAAUGAGGUAA